UAGUGCAAUGUCACUUACGGGUGAUUGAAGCAACAAAUUCUGAUAAUUCUAGACUUUUCUUCACACUCUCUUUGCUUGGGAGCUCUUGAAACUAGGUUACAAGGUCUAUUUCGGCUAAUUGGAAGUUAAAGUUAGCCUUGCCUUGACUGUUUCUCGCACAAACCAAGCGGCCAAACGUCUCUCCAACAACGGAGGUCGUCGCUCCCUCACCUCUCGACGUCAUCUCAUCGGCCACCGCCACGUCGCCGCCGGCUCGACAUCAUUCGCAGAAACCUGCAUUUCUGUGAAGAGGGCGGCAUCUCUCGCGAUCACGAGCCACGAACAGAGGCGCGGUCGCAGAGAAGCAAAACUCGAGACACCGACUGAGAGGAAUCUCACAAGCGCAGCCAGCAGCCGGCAGCCAUGGCGAGCGCACUCGAGCGGCAGCAGGCCGCCUUUGCCGGCAGCAUGUCUGCCGCUGCCUCCAAGAUUGGCGGCACCAAGCGCGCUCUCGCACCGCCGUCCCCCUCGCCCUCGAUUGGCUCGACGACGUCGGCGGCCGCCGUCGCAAACCCCCGCAAGGAACGCGACACCCCGGGCGCUUCGGCCAGCGGCCACCCCAUCGUCUACUCGCAGCCCAUCAACACAGGAACGGGCGACAGCGACAUCGCGCAGAUGGCCUAUGCCGUCUCAUGGCUGCGCACCAAAGAGGAGCCGCAGGGCUAUGCGGAUGUGCUGGGAUACCUGUCGGGCACCAACCGCCCCGAGAGCGAGCAGGAGUUCUUUGUCGAGCAGAUGCGCCGGCACCCGCAGAUACAGUGGAUUCCCGAUCCCAACCUCAGCGAGCAGACGUGGCGCACGGGCACCUACCUGCACCGGCCGACGAUCCCCAACGUGCGCACCAAAACGCAGCUUCUAGCCUACCUUCAGAAGAAGACGGACUCUAGCGGCGUCAGCGUCAAGGAUCUCAAGGACGGCUGGCCCGACUGUGAGGCGGCCAUCAGCGACCUCGAGGCCGUCCACAAGCUGCUGGUGGUGCGCGCCAAGAAGGACAACGUCGCCCGCAUGGUCUGGCUCGACGAUUCAAGCCUUUUCCACGACAUUGACCCGGAACUGAAAGUCAUGUGGUCCCGCGUCGAGGUGCCCGCCGUCGACACUAUUGUCCAGCGCCUCUUGACGGCCCAGCAAAAGCCGGCCUCGGAAGACCCGCGGCUCAAGCUGAUGCAGGCCCCAAAGGUCGAGAAGAAGAAGAAGCGUGCCCAGCGCCGCACGGGCAAGUCGACAAACACCCACAUGGAGCAUCUCCUCAAGGACUAUAGCUACAUGAAGCGGUGACGGCAUGCUCACGCAGAAUAUGCACCAAGUCGGUCAGGUCAGCACAUAUGUGCUUGUAUCUUUUCAUUGCAUCUUUUUUGCUCACAUUGUUAGUACAAGUUGUCUAUUCUUCACAGAUCAUGGCAUUGGGUCGGCGUUUUCCCGGCGGGUCACCAGAGCAUUUCAAGGGGAAGGUGAAUUUAUUUUCCGUCUUGGGGCCAACCGGUUAGGUAGGCAGGGAGGGCAGGCAGGUAACGAGGCUCUUUUCUCUCCCUUCUCUCCUCUUUUGCUUUUUUUCAUACCUCGCGCAUGAAGCGGAGAUGGCUUUU